AUGGCCGCGUCCGACCUUGAGAGCUCGCUGAGUGCGAGCAAGUGGUCAACCCGCCGCGACGCAUACGCGGAGCUUGCUAAGGCGUUUGAGGCCGCUGCCGAUGACUCGGAUCCGGUUUACAGCCAGUUUGCACCCGCGCUGGUCAAGGCUGUGGCCGACUCGAACGAGAUGGCGCGCAAGGAGGGCGUGAACGCCGCAGCCGCCUUCUUCCGUACCGCAGGGCUUGCAGUGGCCCGUGGCUACGCCGCAGACAUCACUGCAGGCAUUGUUUCCACCGCAUUCAAGUCGAAGCGCUGUGUCGAGCCUGCCAAGUCUGCUCUCCUCGACGCCCUCACCGCUGGGCCCGAGGUCCUCGAGGCUGUCGUCGAGAUUGUCCUCACCAAGGGCUUUACCCACAAGACACCCAAGGUUGUCGAGGCCGCCGUUAUUGCGGUCAAGGACGCCGUGCUCGCCUUUGGCCGCGUCACCUUUGCCAUCGGCGACAUCCUCAAGGCCGUUGCGCCGCUCUUCUCGCACGCCGCUCGCCCGGUCCGCAAGGAGGCGCUCGAGCUCGCGGCCUCGCUCAAGCGGGUCGUCGGCCCUGCCAUCCAGCGCGUGCUCAACAACUCGCUUCGCCAGGCUCAGCUCGACGAAGUCGAGGCCUUUCUAGCCGAGCGCCCUGCCGCAGCUCCGGCGCCUUGCAUGUUCUUUCGCGGCCAGGAGCCGCCACCGGCCGCUCUUGCUCCUGCCGCGGCGGCCGUGUCAGCGACAGCUGGCGCCGCUCCCAUUGGCGCCGCUUCCGCUCCCGUGCCUGCUACCGCUGUCACUCCGACGCCGGUCGUUCUGGAAGAGGCCGUCGACAUCAUGGCCGCGUUUCCGGCCGAUCCUGUGGCGCCGCUCGACGCGCCCAAGUGGAAAGACCGCAAGGACGCCCUCGAGGGCUACAUCAAGAUCCUCGAGGGCGCCGGCCGGUACGACGAGUCGGGUCAUUACGGCCCGCUGCUCGAAAAAUGUGCGAGCCUCGUUGCAGCCGACAAGAACGUGUUUGUUGUCGCCAAGGCUGCCAACGUCAUAGAGCUUGUCGCUGCUGGCCUGGCUACCACGCCCAAUGCCAUUCGCUGCUACGCCACUGGGCUCCUCCGCCCGCUCCUUGCUCGCUCCAAGGAGAAGAAGGCUUCGGUCCGCGCCGCGCUCGACGGCGCGCUCGCCACGCUCGCCGGCUCCCUCACCAUCGAGGAGACCGUGCUUGAGAUUCUUGUCGAGUCUGCUGGCGACAAGAACCCCAACGUCGGCAUGGCUGUCGCCAAAACUAUUGCUGCUGGCAUGUCACGAGGAGCCUCGCUCCCGCCUCCGUCGCUUAAGCCGACGCUGGAGGCUCUUCGCGGCCUGACCGAGGCCCGCGAUUCUGCUGUUCGUGACACCGCCAACGCCGCCGUCGCCGCCAUUGUUCUGGCUCUCCCUGAUCGCGCCACCCGCGGCUUCCUCGACUCGCUCAAGCCGGCUCGCAAGGACGCGAUCCUUGCUCUCAACGCCGCAGCUUCGGCUCCCGCUCCCGCUCCCGCUCCCGCUCCCGCAGCUGCUGCAGCUCCAGCGGUGCGGGCCCGCCCUGCAGCUGCAGCCGCGUCGUCAACGGCAGUGCCGGCUGCGGCGCCACGUGUUGCGGCAGCGCCGGCUGCAGCCCCUGUCGUCGCCCCGUAUGAGGUUGUGUCUGUGGAGAUGUCGAACCCGCUCCCGCCCGAGCUGGCCAUUGCCCGGGCCGAGGGCCUUGUGCCUGGCGCUAUCCUCACCCAGCUCGCGGCCAAGGGAUGGAAGGAGCGCAAGGCCGGGAUGGAAGCACUCCGCGGCUUUGUUGAAGGUCUCGGCUCGCCGAUCGACGGCGAGACCGGCGAGGCACUGGUGCGCUUGAUGGCAAAGAACCCCUCGUUCUCGGACUCGAACUUCCAGGUUGUGACCGCCAUGGCUAACCUCGUCGGCUACAUUGCCACAGAGUGCCUCGCCUUCAACAAGUCUGCAGGCUCGGCGGUGGUCGCUGGCCUCACUUCAAAGCUCGGCGACCGCAAGCUGACCAAGCCUGCCGAGGACGCGUUGCUCAACCUGGCCGAGGCGCUCUCGCUCGACUUUGUCUUUGCUCUCAUGCACAAGGCCAUGCCGUCGCUGAAGUCGCCCAAGAUUCAGGAGGCGGCCUUGGUGUGGAUGGCCGCGGCGGUGACCGAGUUUGGCGGAGCGCGGACGAUCCGUGUCAAGGACACGGUGGCAUUCAUCAAGUCAAUGCUCAAGUCCUCGAACGCCAAAGUUCGCGCUGCUGCGGUGGCGCUUAUCGGCUCGCUAGCGCCGACCGCCGGGAAGUCGAUCGGCCUCAUGUUCGCCGAUGUCAAGCCUUCAUUGCAGGCGUCGAUUGCCGACUCGGUCGCCACCGGUGUCGCAACAACCGCCCCGCUCCCGGUCCGGUUCUACCGGCGUGAGCCGCCGCCGGUGCCGAUGCCAAGUGCGGCCCCGGCUGCGGUUGCGGUUGGCGGUGGUGCUGCUUGCGCUGCUGCGGCUGGCGAUUCUGCCCGGGCGAGCAGCCCUCCGGUGCUGGCUGCAGUGCCGGGCGUGCUUGGCGAGGCGCCGGUCGAAGACGAGUACAUGCCGCGAGUCGACAUUGCGAGCAAGAUCAAGGAGUCUGUCCUCAAGGCGAUGGGCGACAAGUCGUGGAAGACCCGGAAAGAGGCGAUGGAGACUGUGGCCAAGGAGGUCAAGGCAUCUGGCUCGCACAUUGUGGCCAACGUCGACUCCAUCAUGGGCGCCCUCAAGGGCCGCUUCGCCGACGCCAACAAGAACCUCACCAUUGUGGCUGCUGAUCUCAUGGCCGAGCUCUUUGCCGCCAUGGGCCGCAACGGCGGCAAGUACGCGCGGCUGGGGACCGCAUGCGCGGCGAAGCUGUUUGCCGACAAGAAGACGACGGUCCGCGCCGCGGCCGGACGGCUCCUGGCCGCCAUUGUCGAGGUGGCUGGCAUCGAGGAGUGCCUGCCGGUUCUCUCUGGCGCACUUGCGGACGCGAACAUGACCGCUGCCCUCGAGAGCGCGUCAUUUCUUGUGCAGUACCUGCCUGCGCUGGAGCACCCGUCGGUCGACGCGUGGCCGCUGGCUCCGGGCUUGGUCAAGGCCUGCCUCGCGCGCGAUCCCAAGGUUCGCAAGCACACCGAAGCCAUGCUGGCCACGAUGGUGCCGCGCUACUCGUUUGGCAAGUUCAAGGGCCUAACCGAGAAGCUCAAGAAGGCUGACAAGAUCUCUGUCAUGGCCAUGCUUACCCCGUUCCAGGGUGUUAAGCCGAGCUCGAGCGCACCGGCAAGCGCGCCGCCUCCGGCCAAGGCCGCCGCGCCGGCGUCGAGCCAUGGACACAAAAAAUCGACCAAGGCUCCCAAGCGCGCCAAGUCGCGCAAGCCGGGAACUCGCAAGAAGAGCAUGAAGCGACCGGCGACGUCCGCUGGAGCCAAGGCCAGCGGCGCGAGUGGAAGCAAGGCCAACUCGGCGCUGUUUGUGGGGACUGCCGGGCGGAUGGCAAGCCGCGCCAAGAAGAACCGGUCGCGCAAGUGGGUGGUCGCCAAUCGGUCUGUGCCGGAGCUCGUCGAGCGGCUGCAGGAGGAGUCAAUGGAUGCUGUGGCGCCUGCGCUGCUGGAUCUGUGGCUUGCUUCGGACUUUAACUCGCACAACAAGGCCUUUGCACUCAUGGAGGGCGCGCUGGCCAACGAGUUUGAGGCACUCAUGGCUAACCUCGAUCUCGCUCUCCGCUGGGUCUCACUCCGACUCGGUAACUCAAACACCUCGGUGACGCUCAAGGCGCUCUCGUUUGUUGAGGCGCUCUUUGGUAAGCUGGAGACGAUUGGCAAGCGGCUGGACGAGUUUUCCGCCUCAGUCUUUCUCCCUUCGCUCGUCGAAAUGCUGGGCGACUCGAAGGAUCCGAUCCGGGCGACAACGCGCGGUCUCUUCCGCACACUGCGUCACAUCUACCCGGCGUCGCGCAUCUUUGCGCUUGUCUUUGCGGGAACCAAGAGCAAGAACUGGCGGCUGCGGGUCGAGGCCAUCGACGAGCUCGGCCGACUCAUCUCGGCGAACGGGCUCGACGUUUGCAACGUGAGCAAGGUUUUCCCCGCCCUCGGUGCCCGCCUUGCCGAGUCGGACGCCAACGUUCGCGAGGCUGCAAUCUCUGUCUUUAUGGCAACGUACGCCAUGGUUGGUGACAAGCUCUUUGCCAUGCUCGGCAAGAAGCUCCCGCGGGCCUCGACCGAGCUGCUCAAGGAGCGGAUCAAGCAUUCGGGUGUGGCUGCGCCAGAGCCGGAGGUUGUCGAGGCCGAGCCAGUGCUGGUCAAGGCCAAGCCUUCUGUCGCCCCUGCUGUCGCCCCAGCUGUCGAGCCCGCUGUCGCUCCUGUCGUCGCCCAUGCUGACGCCCCUGCUGCCGAGCCCGUGACAAAGCCCGAAGCUGAAGCCACGACUGCAGUCACAACCCAGGCUGAAGUCGCGGCUGAGGCUGAGCAGUCGAUUGUGGCCAAGGUCGAGGCGGAACUGAAGAAGGGGACCGAAGCUGGCGCCGUGGCGGCGGUGGAGGCGCUUUUGGAUGCGCUGGAGAACUCGGUGGAUGUCAUUGAGCCCCAUAUCGACGUUAUCGUGGCUAACCUGGUGCUCCAGCUGCACUUUGCCAUCCAGCCGCUCCAGGUCCGACACGCCAAGCACGUGCUCCAUGGCUUGAUGCAGGUCUUCUCCAAGUCAAGCCUGGUGCUGCGGCUGUCAUCUGCGACGCUUCAGCAGGUUCUGCACGAGCUGGUGGUGCGGCUCAUCGACGAGCCGCUGAAGGCGUCCGAGGAGGGCAAGUCGAUCCACCUCGGGCUCAACAUGCUCAUGCUCAACGUCAUGUCGUCGUGCGCACGGACGCCGGUGGUGGUGCUUCUGCUCGGGGCGCUCGAGGCGAACCUGUUCCGGACUGCGGCCGGUUCGUACGCGCCCGACGCCUACGUCGAGCUGGUGUGCAAGUCGCUGCUGCGUCAGGCGCGGUCGCUCAAGGGCGUCGACUGGGCCGAGGUGACCGGCGCCAUGGCGCGGCUCUUCACGACCCAUCCGCGCAGCAAGUGGGAUGACACCGAGGCGGCAGCGCCGCUGAAAGUGCUCAAGAUCAUUGUGAUGGAACUUGUGCGCGAGCGCGGAGCGGAUGCGGCGCGCGAGUACGUCCACAACGGUUCAACGCUCGCGGGCGCCGACUUUGUGCUCGAGCUCAUCGAGUCGAUCGCCAUGGCGUCUUCGAGCGCCGCGCCGACGCCGGUGGUCGAAACGCCGCAGGCGGCAGCGCCUGCACUGACGCCGGCGCCCGCGGCGGUGCCGGCGGCGACUGCAUCGGCGACGUCGCCUGUUCUCGCCUCCCGUGGCCAGGUGGCGUCGUCGAAGAAGAAGUCGUCGUCGGGCUCUCGCCUCCGCAAGUCAUUCAAGAAGUCGCUGAAGAAGAAGUCACUCAAGCGGCCAAGCACGUCGCGAAAGAAGUCGACCAAGUCGGGCCUGCGCGAGCCUAAGGCGCGCUCCUCAAUCAAGAAGCCGGCACGGUCGGUCCGCGCGGAGCCGCAGACGCCGACGUCACCCAAGGCGUCGCGCAAGCGCAACUCGUUCGGAUCAACCACGCCUGAGGCUCGCCGCUCGCUCCUCUCGAUUGUCAAGAAGCUGAGCGGCGAUGACGCCGAGACCCGCGAGGCAUUCCGCCAGCUCGCCGACUUUCAGGUCAAGUACGCCGACUUUGACCUCGAGCCGUUCCUUGCGACAAAGUCGGAGACCUUCCGUGCGUUUGUGGCCAACGGACUCGCGCAGGUCGAGCUCGAGCGGAAGAACCCUGAGGUUGCGGCGGCGGCAGUGGCGGCGGCAGCUGCGCCGGCAGCGGUGCCUGCCCCGGUCGCUCCUCGCGCCAACGUCAGUGCCGAGGCCAAGGCCGCACCCGGUGAUGCAGCACCAGCGGCUGCGCCCGAGGAGAACGCGUACGUUGCACGGCUGCGGCGGUUGCAGUCCAAGUUCAACAUCGAGCCCAAGACCCAGCUCGUCGCGGUGAAGGCCAAGCCUGUGGCGGCGGCACCAGCUGCGGUCGGGCCGGACGCCAAGGAGAAUGUCGCUGUGGCGGCAGGCCGGGCCGAGGCCGAACCGGCGGCCAAGAAGGCGUCGUCGGAAGAGGCUGCGGCCAAGCUCGACUCGCUCAAGUCGCGCCUGCAGCGGCUGAAGGCGCUGCGCGGGUGAUCAAGUGAACACAAAUUGUAAUCUGGA